GUUUGCGCCACCUCUGCAUCUGUUUUAACACAUUUUACAAUUGUUUUCAACUAUGGAGCAGUUGCAACGCGAGUAUCUUCACUACGCACGGCGUAAGGCCCAAGCCACCGACUACUUCGACGCAGACGACAGCGCAGAUGAACGCGGACAUUCUCCCGCCGCUACUGCGGCCGUCGACGACGAUGAAGUGGACCCGUUGGACGCCUUUAUGCAGGGAAUUGACACCGAGGUGAAGCAACAGCGCACAGCGCCACCCAAACUAGUGGCUGACAAGCCUCAAGUGUUGAAUCAUGUGGAUGAUGACGCAGACAGCUUUCUGGAAGAAUACGCACGGGUGAGCUUUAGUUUCUAUUUUGCAUUUUUUUUAGUUGCAUUGCCAUGGACAAAUCAGUUUAUAUGUAUAUAUUUUUUACCUUUUGCAGACAACUAAAAAGCCUCGGGUGGGUCUGAAUUUGGGUGACGAUGACUCGGACGAGGAAGUCUACGCUACUGCCAAGCAACUGGACGAUGCUGAUGCUCCAGACGACAUGGCAAAGAAAGUGAUGGAAGUUUUAACACCAGUCGACCAUUCCAUCAUGACAUACGAACCAUUUCGGAAAAAUUUCUACGCUCCUCGCAGCGAAACUUCGGCUCUCAACGCUCAAGAAGUGGCAAGUAUCCGCUCCGAGCUGAAUAUUCGUGUGGAAGGAGCUGACGUUCCAGCUCCCGUGAGGUCGUUCAUGCAUCUCGGCUUCGACAAGAAAAUGUUACAAACACUCAUGAAACUGGGACUUGAAGCUCCGACGGCAAUUCAGGCUCAAGCUUUUCCAGUGGCUCUGUCGGGUCGAGAUUUGAUUGGCAUUGCCAAAACGGGAUCAGGAAAAACGUUGGCAUUUACAUUGCCAAUGGUUCGUCAUGUGAUGGACCAAAGAGAGUUGCAACGAGGUGAAGGACCCAUUGCAAUUGUGUUGGCACCGACUCGAGAACUCGCACAUCAGACAUACGUGCAAGCGAAAAAGUUUCUCGCGGUGUAUGGAGCUUCGUGUGCUGCGAUUUAUGGCGGGGCAGGCAAAUGGGAACAAGUUCAGGCACUGAAAAAAGGUGUCGAGGUUGUUGUUGCUACACCUGGUCGAUUGAUCGAGAUGAUAAGGAAGAAAGCGGCUCCGAUGAAUCGUGUGACGUUUGUGGUGCUGGAUGAAGCCGAUCGCAUGUUUGAAAUGGGAUUUGAGCCCCAAUUACGCUCCGUAAUGGGUCAAGUGCGUCCAGAUCGACAAACACUCAUGUUCUCAGCCACUUUUCGUAAACGGAUUGAAGUUCUGGCAUUGGAUGUGCUUACGAAUCCAGUGAAGUUGACAAUUGGCCAAGUUGGACAAGCAAAUGAGGAUAUUCGCCAAAUUGCUGUCGUGUUGCCUGGACAUGGAGCUAAGUGGCCGUGGCUGAUGUCGAAAAUACGGGCUCUAGUUGAUGAAGGUCGUUUGCUUAUCUUCGCUGGUAGUAAAGCUGGUUGUGAAGAGUUAGCAAAGAAUCUGGCUGUUGCUUUCCCAGUAGCGCCUGCUCUGUGUUUACAUGGAGACAAGACGCAAAAAGAGCGAGCGGAAGCGUUGAUGAAGUUCAAACAUGGCGAAUGUCGCGUUCUAGUGGCUACUGAUGUGGCUGCGCGUGGUCUUGACGUUAAGGAUGUGAAGAAUGUGGUGAACUUUGAUGUGGCGAAGAACAUUGACACUCAUGUGCACCGUAUUGGACGUACGGGACGUAUGGGUCAGGAAGGUUUUGAGCCUGGGACGGCGUAUACUUUAGUGACACGCAACGAGUCGCAGUUUGCAGCCCAGUUAGUGUACAAUAUGGACGUCUCCGGCCAACCAGUUUCAGCGGAACUACUUGCACUUGCUAAACGGGACUCACGGUUCCGUCGUGGAGCUGCUGUUCGUACACCUACAGCGAGUAGCAGUACUGGAGAACCGUCGGUAAGUGUAGAAAGCGGAGAGGGUAAUCUUGAUGCAGAGGACGCUGCCGAGUUGGAGCGAUGGAAUGAUAGUCGUCGGAAGAGCAAAGCUGACCAACGCAAAGGAUUGGGUUUUGCAGGUGCUGGUGCUAAACCAGCGAGGUCAGGUGGAAUGCGCGGGUUUGUGAAGGCGACACCAGCCACCUCGUUAGCGAGUGCCUUUCGUUUAGGUUUUGUCAAAUCGACAUUAGAAGCCGACACUGCAGCAAAGCCUUCAGCUUUGAGCACUCUUGCUCCGCCUCCACCAACAUCUGCUCCGUUAGCUCCAGUGAUCAGGCCCAGUCCAACAGCUCAAGUACCUCCGCCACCCCAACGAAUGCAAGUUUCAAGUGUUCCAACCACCAACGCUUCUUCGCUACCUCCUGCUGUACCAACGCUUGAAGACACGAAGACAUCAGUAGCUACACCACAGGUAAAACCUUCACCUAGAAGGUCCUACUCACGAGAAAGACGAUCACGUUCAAGAAGUCGAGGCCGUCGAAGCUCUUCUCGCAGUCGUAGCAACUCAAGAAGCCGACAUCGCUAUCGUUCGCGUUCAAGCUCGUCCGAAAGUGAUCAUCGACGUCGAAGGUCUCGUCGAUGCUACAGCAGAAGCAGAAGCCGCAGUCGAAGUCGAAGUCGAAGCAGGUAUCGUAGACGCUCUCGAUCAAGAUCAGGUCGGAGACGUUGAAACCUGCUGUCAAUGAUACAAAGAAAACGUACCAGACGCAAGACGUAGCUGAGAGUAGGAAGGCUUAACAAAAACUAUAGGAAACUACAUGAUACUGGGGCGGCGGCUUAUUUGUCUUUGCCCUUCCGGCGAUCAUCCCCAUCAAAGAGCGAAUCUAUUGUCUGUCAAUUCACGCCUGUGCCUCCGACGCA